CGGCAGGUGUACUUUAAGCCCCAUUGCUUUCGCGCGGCCCUCGAGUUUUCUCUCUUGGCAUCAUCGCCUGGGCGGUGGUGAACAGCGAUCUCACGUCGCAGUCCCCAACUUGUCGCAUACCUAAGCCUUGUAAGAGAACCGUGAAGCCCGGGCAGUGUCGCGUUUACACCGGUGUGUGCCCCUUGAAGCCUGCCCCAUUCCCGCGAGCGAGGGCCUGCCCGCACUGCCCUCUCAUCUGGUGGCGACGACCGACCGCACCGAAGGAGAGAAGGGGUUACCUCCGCAGCGAGCGCUCCUCCGUGAAACAACUUUCCUUCGCCGAACACGCAGAGCGCGCGCCCGCUUCAACCAAGUUCGCGCGAAGUAGGGACGGCUGCAGGAAGGGCUUCGCUCAAACGACACUCGAGUCCACGACCGCCGCCAUCGCCGAGCAGCGAGAGUCAUGCGGUGAGAAGAAAAGUGGCGCGCCGGACUCCCGCUUUCUGCCGUCUAGUGGGUCCGCAGCGGAGGAAGUCCCGGACAGCUUCUCGCAAGGGCCGUGAAAUCGGCACACAUUUUCUUGUUUAUUCCGUGCCACGGGCGGCCACCAGUCUCCCGCCGCAAGUGUGUGCUCCGUGAAGACGACGAGUAGGAAGGCUGGACGCCACGCUGCUUGUGGCGGUCGUGCUUGUGGCCUGCCUCGGUGAAGACUACAUCCACAGGGCUGCCUUGAGCUUGUCGAGAAACCAAGAUGGAUUCCGGCGCAGUUCUUCUCAACGUUUCCAAGUUGGAAAACGACGCGCCGCCAAAGUGUUUCGAAAACAUGGCACUGGACGUCCCAAACGGAGUUAUCGACGACGUAACCCCGACGGUGGACUUCAAGACCGAAGUGAACGGCAACGGCCGCCACAACGGGUUCAGGAACUUCGAGAGCAUCGACCUGACCUGGAGGAACCUGAUAUACAAGGUCAAGAAAGGCAAAGCCCGAAAGUACUUAGUCAACAACAUGAGCGGUGAAGCACGGUCCGGUACGCUGACUGCCAUCAUGGGUCCUUCUGGCGCAGGCAAGACGACGCUGCUCAAUUUGCUCACGGGCUUCUACGACAAGGGCUUCAAAGGCGAGGUCCAGAUCAACGGCUACGUGCGUGACCAGCCACUGUUCAACAAGCAGAGCUGCUACGUCAUGCAGGAGGACCGACUACUCCCUGCCCUCACCGUUUACGAGGCUAUCUUCAUGAGCGUCGAACUGCGCAUGCCCAACAUGGCACCAAAAGACAAAGCGAAGAAGGUUGAGCGAUCGAUUGAAGAGUGGGGUCUGGAGGUGUGCCGCAACACGCGUACAGAAAACCUCUCUGGCGGCCAGCGGAAACGUCUGGCCAUCGCCCAAGAGUUGGUCAACAAUCCGCCCGUUCUUUUCCUCGACGAACCCACUAGUGGCCUGGACAACGUGUCAAGUCUGAUGUGCGUACAGAUACUGAAGCGGUUGGCUUCCAUGGGACACACUGUCAUCUGCUCCAUACACGCACCCAGUGCCAAGAUCUUUUCGUACUUCGACAUGCUGUACAUGGUUUCUGCGGGUCGUUGCAUCUACAAUGGCAAGGUGGACAGUCUGUUAGGCUUUCUGACGAGGCAUGGUCUGCAGUGUCCGCAGUUCCACAACCCUGCAGACUACAUCAGCGAAGUGGCGUCUGGCGACUACGGUGACUACCGCGACAUACUGAGCCGUGAGUUCGAACUGCCGAUGCCCGACAGCAGCGAAGCCACUAAAGGCACGAAAACAAAGUACGGAGGUCUCAUCAUGACCAGCGAGCAAAAGGCAGAUGCCAACCGGAUGUACUCUUUCAAAGUCAACCAGUUUCAUCAGUUCCAGAUUCUCCUUAAGAGGUGCUGGCUUUCGGUUUUUCGUAACAAGGUGGCUACUCCCCUGCGUAUUGUAGCAUACGUGGGUUUCGCGCUCAUGUUGGUCAUCCUGUACUACGACAUCGGCAACAAGGCGAGCACGGUGACCCACAACGCCACAAUGUUCUUCUCCAUGUGCUGCAUAUGCGUCUUCCAGACCAUCCUUCCCGCCGUCAUAGUCUUUCCCGUAAACAUCUCGGUACUGAUGAGAGAGCAACGGAAUUGUUGGUACAGCCUCAAAGUCUUCUACCUGGCGAAUUACGUCACAGAGAUUCCAUUCCUGGUCAUACCAAACGCUGUGUUGGUGGCUAUCGUGUACUAUCCGACGGCACAACCGAGGGAGCUGUGGCGUGUAGCAGGCGUCAUGCUCUUCUGCGUCCAAAUAUGCGCGGUGUCGCAGGCCAUGGGACUCAUCGUGUCUGCAGUGUCCAAGUUGCAGACGGCGGUGUUCCUGGCCCUGCCUAUCGUGUCUCCGGCAUUUUUCUUCUGCGGCUUCUUCGUGCCGGCCCACCUGCUGACGCACUACGCGCGGUGGUUAACGGACAUCUCGUACAUCUAUUACGGCUACAACGGCCUACUGCUGUCGGUGUACGGCUAUGGCCGACCGCCUCUGGAAUGCGACCAGUUCAUAUGCCUCUACGAGGACCCGGCACAGUUCCUGGAGUUCGUCGGUGCAGCGGACAAGAAGUUUUAUGUGCUGGUGCUCGCGCUGCUGGCUUACGAGGCCAUAUGCAGGACCAUCGCCUUCAUCCUGCUCAAGAUCAGGCUAGCUAGGAAAGAGCUUCGCGUGUGUGGGUGGGCCAGGAACGUGCACAAUAUGGAUUCCGGAGCAGUGCUUCUGAACGUUUCGCGGCUGGGAAACGAGUAUUCAUUGAACGGUUACGAUAACCUGGCGCUGGACUUGGAAACCAAGGCGACCACCCUGAAUGGAACACGUGAAACAGCGCUGCCGAUCCAUACAGAAGUGAAUGGAAAUAGCCGCCAGAACGGGUACAGAAACUUCGAGAGUAUCGACCUCACCUGGAAGAACCUCACCUACAAGAUCAAGAGUGGCAAAACGAGUAAGAUCCUGGUGGAGAACAUGAGCGGCGAAGUGCGUUCCGGCACACUGACGGCAGUCAUGGGUCCUUCCGGUGCCGGCAAGACGACAUUGCUCAACUUGCUUACCGGUUUCUACGACAAAGGCUACGCGGGAGAAGUUCAUAUGAACGGCUACGUGCGCGAACGAGAGCUGUUCAACAAGCAAAGCUGCUACGUGAUGCAGGAGGAUCGCCUGUUGCCGGUUCUGACGGUAUGCGAGGCCAUCUCUAUGAGCGUGGAACUGCGAAUGCCUAACAUUGAGCCAAAGGACAGGGCCAAAAAGGUUGAGCAAUCAAUACAUGAAUGGGGCCUGGAGGAGUGCCGCCACACUAUCACGGAAAACCUGUCCGGUGGCCAACGGAAGCGGCUGGCCAUCGCCCAAGAGCUGGUCAACAACCCACCUGUUGUCUUCCUCGACGAACCGACCAGCGGUCUGGACAACGUAUCUAGUCUUAUGUGCAUACGGAUCCUCAAGCGGAUGGCAUCCAUGGGGCAUACGGUUGUUUGCUCCAUACACGCCCCCAGUGCAAAGAUAUUCUCUUAUUUCGACAUGCUGUAUAUGGUCUCCAAAGGGCGGUGCAUUUAUAACGGUGAAGUGGAUAACCUUCUGGGAUUCCUUUCGAGGCACGGACUGGAGUGCCCGCAGUAUCACAACCCAGCCGACUACAUCUGCGAGAUAGCAUCCGGCGACUACGGCGACUGCUGCGACAGGUUGAGCCGCGAGUGCGAGAUCCCAGAGCCGGAUAAAAACGCGGUCGUCCAAGGAACACGAUCAAAGUACGGCGGAGUGAUCAUGACUAGCGAGCAAAAAGCAGAAGCCUACAGAAUGUACACCUUCAAGGUCAACCAGUUCCACCAGUUUCGGGUCUUGCUGAAACGGUGCUGGCUUUCAGUUUUCCGCAACAAGGUGGCCACACCACUGCGACUUCUGGCAUACGCUGGCUUCGCUGUAUUCAUUGUGAUGCUGUUCUACGACAUCGGUCGCAAGGCGACCACAGUGACCAACAACGUCACCAUGUUCUUCGCCGUUACCUGCAUCUGCGUCUUCCAGUCAGUCCUACCCGCCGCCAUUGUAUUUCCAAUGGAAGUAUUAGUCCUGGCAAGAGAACAGCGGAACUGCUGGUACAGCCUCCACGUUUACUACCUGGCAAACUAUAUUGCCGAGAUUCCUUUCUUGGUCGUGCCCAUAGCUCUGUUGAUCGGCAUCGUCUACUACCCGACGGGGCAGCCAUUGGAGCUCUGGCGCAUUGCUAGCCUGUUGCUGUUCAGCGUCCAGAUCUGCUCCGUGUCGCAGGCCAUGGCUCUCAUCGUUUCCGCAGUCUCCAAGCUUCAGACUGCAGUGUUCAUGGUCCUGCCAGUGGUGUCACCGGCCUACUUCUUCUGCGGCUUCUUUGUGCCGGCACAUCUCCUCAGCCCGUACAUACGAUGGAUGGCGGAUGCGUCGUACAUGAAUUACGCGUACAACGGCUUGCUCCUGUCGAUAUACGGAUACGGUCGUGAACACCUCGAGUGCGACGAUUUCAUCUGUCUCUACGAAGACCCCGCGCACUUCCUGGAGCUGGUCGGCGCUGCAGACAAGAAGAUCCACGUGUUGACUCUCGUUUUGCUCGCGUUCGAGCUGGCAGCCAGGCUGACGGCUUUUGUCCUGCUCAAAAUGAGGCUCUCCAGGAAGGAGUGAAGCUUGUGGUCAAGUUCCCCUUCUAUGCCUGCAUGUGUGCUGUGAGCGCCUGCCAAGACUCCUAGUUGACCAGCCAUCGAGCUGGCAAAUAAUGUGGAAUGUAUAGGGCUCCGAGAGAGAGUGCAAAUAACAUUUGGUUGCUAUGUCUGCAUGUUUUGUACUGACUCUGUGAUGUAUAUAACCGGAAGAGAAAAAUUUUGAUCCGCACUUGGCUCAGGCUGUAUAGGUAUGGAACCUUCAAAUAUCGCUAACAGUAUCUGUAACACAUGCUCGGUGUUGCUUAGCAGCGUGUUUCCAUAUUCUAGGGAAUGCUAGAGCGGAACUUCCGGUCACCUUCACGUUCCGGAGAGUCACGUGACCUGAGCAGAAACGUAACGUGUGACGUCAUACCAGCGCAG